UACAGUUUAAAAUUUGAAAGUAUAAAGAGAACAAUUUUAUUAAUGUUUUUUUUACACUUUUGUAUUCAACCAAUGUUUCAAUAGUGGCCUAACACCAGUGCUGCAGCAGGAGGUGACUCAGCUCUGCACAAUCAACCUGGCCAAUUAUGCACUACACUGCCUGAAGAUGGAGUUGUGGGUGGAAGUUCCAACUGAUGAUCACCUGCCUUGAAGAAUAAAGAUUAAUAGAUCAUCUCAACCCCAGUGUAAGUGUAUUUCAGAGAAAAUUUGUGGGUGAAGUGAAGAAGUGUGAAGAAAUGGAAAGGAUACUUGGAUUUCUAGUUCAAGAAAUUAAGAAAGCUGAUAUUCCUCUUCCUGAAGGAGAUACUGCUCCUGCUGCCCCUCAUCUUAAACACAUGUUAGAAAUCCAGGAACAGUUGCAGAAGCUCGAGACAGAAUUGAGGGAGGUGACUAAAAACAAAGAAAAGUUGAAGAAAAACCUGCUUGAGUUGACAGAGUAUACAUACAUGUUGCGGAUCACACAAACCUUUAUCAAAAGACCCGUUGAGUAUGAAUCCUGUUUACAUGCCAAUUUUGAGGAAUUCCCGUCUUUAGAAAAUGAUCCUUUGGUGGACUACACUUGUAUGCAUCGGCUGGGUGCCAAGCUAGGAUUUAUAUCUGGUUUAGUUCACCAAGCAAAAAUUGAAGCAUUUGAAAAAAUGCUAUGGAGAGUCUGUAAAGGAUAUACCAUUCUUACUUAUGCAGAGCUGGAUGAAUGUCUGGAAGAUCCAGAUACAGGUGAAAUCAGAAAAUGGUUCGUGUUUUUAAUAUCCUUUUGGGGUGAACAGAUUGGCCAGAAGGUUAAGAAGAUAUGUGACUGCUAUCAUUGUCAUGUAUACCCCUAUCCCAAUACCACUGAGGAGCGCAGAGAUGUUAUUGAAGGACUAAACGUUCGCAUUCAGGAUCUUCAUGUUGUGCUGCAUAAAACUGAGGAUUACUUACGACAAGUAUUAUGUAAAGCAUCAGAAUCCAUUUAUACCUGGGUUAUCCAAGUGAAGAAGAUGAAAGCCAUUCAUCAUGUACUAAACCAGUGCAGUUUUGAUGUCACAAAUAAAUGUUUAAUUGCUGAGGUUUGGUGCCCAGUAGCUGAUCUGCCAAACUUGCGUCGAGCACUCGAGGAAGGAUCAAGAAAGAGUGGAGCUGCAAUCUCUUCAUUCAUGAACACCAUACCAACAACAGACACGCCUCCAACUUUAAUACGUACCAAUAAAUUCACUUCAGGGUUCCAAAACAUUGUUGAUGCUUAUGGAGUUGGGAACUACAGAGAAGUUAAUCCAGCCCUCUACACCAUCAUCACCUUCCCCUUCUUAUUUGCUGUUAUGUUUGGAGACUUUGGACAUGGUCUUCUAAUGUUUAUCUUUGCCCUCUUGAUGGUACUCUAUGAAAACCACCCUCGACUAAUGCGAUCACAAGAUGAGAUCAUGAAAACAUUCUUUGAAGGGAGAUACAUAAUUUUGUUGAUGGGUCUGUUUUCUGUAUACACUGGCUUGAUCUAUAAUGACUGUUUUUCAAAGUCAUUAAAUAUAUUUGGUUCUGGAUGGAAUAUUUCUGCAAUGUUUGAACAAAAUAUCUGGCGUCUUGAUGAUUUGAAGUCUAAUCAAUAUUUGACAUUGGAUCCAAAUGUUACUGGAGUGUUCAAUGGAGUUUAUCCCUUUGGCAUAGAUCCGAUCUGGAACCUGGCAAGCAACCGUCUCAGUUUUUUAAAUUCUUUCAAAAUGAAAAUGUCUGUGAUUUUUGGAGUGACUCACAUGACUUUUGGAGUUAUUCUGGGGGUCUUUAACCACUUAUAUUUCAGGAAGAGGCACAAUAUUUAUUUGGUUUUCCUUCCUGAACUUUUAUUCAUGCUGUGCAUCUUUGGGUAUCUUGUAUUUAUGAUCAUCUUUAAAUGGCUAGCUUAUUCUGCAGAAAACUCCAGAUCUGCUCCCAGCAUUCUGAUUCAAUUUAUUAACAUGUUUCUAUUUCCCACUAGUGGAAUGGACACCUUUUAUACAGGACAGGUUAUUUUACAGAGAUUUUUAUUUAUUGUUGCUUUGCUUUCUGUUCCUGUAAUGCUUUUUGGAAAACCACUUUAUUUGUAUUGGUUGCACAAUGGAGGCCGAGGCAUUGGAAUGUACAGAAGUGGCUACAGACUUGUUCGAAAAGAAAGUGAAGAAGAACUUUCUCUAUUGCAAUCACAUGAUGUGGAGGAAGGAAGCAGCCCUUCAGACAGUGGGCACAGAGAAGGGGAUGGAGAAGAGUUUAACUUUGCAGAUGUUUUUAUGAAUCAGACUAUUCAUACCAUUGAAUACUGUCUAGGAUGCAUCUCCAACACUGCUUCAUACCUGAGACUCUGGGCACUAAGUCUUGCUCAUGCACGUAAGUCUUUGUAUUCCAAUGUAACUUUAAUAUUGUAUGCAGGGUUUGUUGUUUGUUUGAUCAUUUUAGAAUAUUCUAGCUAUGAAAUUAUCUGGUUGGUCAUUUAA